AUGAACCUGUUGCUCUACAAUAGUUUCCCGCCAUUCCCGGUCCCUGUCGAUAACUGCCCGCCUCGGCACCGAACCCUCAACCCUGCCCUGCAGGCUCCUUUGCAAUCCCACGGGCCACUCGACGUCAUCAUUGCUACCAUAUCGCUGCCGAAAAUUGCUUUUUCUGUCCCUUCGCUGCUCUGCGACCGAAUCCCCGUCUCUCGCCCGGCGACUCACAUUUCACCAUUCAGGACAGAUUUAACGCCGAUCGCUCUCUCCCGUACCGCCGCGCUGCUGCGACAACAAAAUCUCUACCAACCAAAACAAACCCCUCAGACUUGGCAUCUUUCCUCUCCCCAGGUUCUGGCUUCGUCUUGGCAACCCUGUCGUCACACGACCAUCAUCGCGGUCAUGGGCAAUCAGAGCUCCAAGCCCGAUGGCGGUUCGCCCAAGUCCGGCUCCGCUGAUGGAAAUCUCCAGUCAUAUCCCUCCAUUAGCAGAAGCGACACCAAAGAAUCUUCCCGAUCAUUUCGCUCGCUGAGGUCUAAAAUCCCUGGGACUUCCAAAACUGACAGCCCGAGAAACUCUACGCUGUUGAGCAAUGGCGAUUCCGACAAGGGUCCUGAUGCCGCCUCUGUCCGAUCCGGCAAAAGCGGUCGCUCAAGUGCCUCGCGUGGCAGUCGCGGCGAAAACACGCUCAAGCACAGCUCUACCGACAUGUCGAUUGCCGACUCUAUGCUCUCAAAUGAACAACCACCGCCAUCGCCCGUCCAGUCCAGCGCCUCUAAGAGUGCCGGUGGUCUUCAUGACGUGAGCGCCGCCCAGGCCAGCGGUGAGGUCGACCAUGUUUCCGACCAACCCCCUUCGGCAGCCGCUGCCAGCGCCAACACCCACCUGCAGUCUCCUGGACAGUCAAUUCUGGUUCGUCGCGACACUAGCAGCAGCCAAGUGGUACACAAGACACCCUCGACCGAGUCCGCCAAAGCUGACAGCAAUUCCAACGUCGCCAUGGCCGACAUCAAAGAAAUGGAUCUCGACGAUUAUAUCAAGCGUCUUUUGGAUGCUGGCUAUGCCGGCAAGGUCACGAAGAGCGUGUGCCUCAAGAAUGCCGAGAUCGUCGCCAUCUGCCAGCGCGCGCGCGAGGUACUUCUCUCGCAGCCCGCUCUGCUCGAGCUUAGUGCGCCUGUCAAGGUCGUUGGUGAUGUCCAUGGGCAAUACACUGAUCUUAUCCGGAUGUUCGAAAUGUGCGGCUUCCCUCCGAUGGCCAACUAUCUCUUCCUUGGCGACUACGUCGAUCGCGGAAAGCAGUCCCUGGAGACUAUUCUUUUACUGUUAUGCUACAAGCUCAAAUUCCCUGAGAAUUUCUUUUUGUUGCGGGGAAAUCACGAAUGUGCCAACGUAACCCGAGUGUAUGGAUUCUAUGACGAGUGCAAGCGAAGGUGCAACGUCAAGAUUUGGAAGACAUUCAUCGACUGCUUCAACACCCUACCCAUUGCUGCCAUUGUUGCUGGCAAGAUUUUCUGUGUCCACGGUGGUCUCUCGCCGGCGCUCAGCCACAUGGACGACAUUCGAAACAUCGCCCGUCCCACUGACGUUCCCGACUACGGCCUACUCAAUGACUUGCUCUGGUCGGACCCUGCAGAUAUGGAACAAGACUGGGAAGCGAAUGAAAGAGGGGUGAGCUACUGUUUCGGCAAGAGAGUUAUAACGGACUUCCUUGCCGCCCACGACUUUGAUCUUAUCUGCCGUGCACAUAUGGUGGUGGAAGACGGCUACGAAUUCUUCACCGAUCGCGUUUUAGUUACUGUGUUCAGUGCGCCGAACUAUUGCGGCGAAUUCGACAAUUGGGGAGCCGUAAUGUCCGUCAAUGCCGAACUAUUGUGCAGUUUCGAGCUGCUCAAGCCCCUCGACUCAAGUGCCCUCAAGAGCCAUAUCAAAAAGGGCCGCAACAAGAGACAACACAUGCUCAACAGUCCUCCCGCAAGCGUCUAUCCCCAAAGCGUAUAG